GUGCUGAAUCUUAGACACGAUUUUGAAUCAUGUGGAAGUGGUUUUGUUUAAUUUUUGUGAUUUUUUGUGCGCUCCUAGUGGUUUUGCAUGCAUUCCAAGGCAAUGAAGAAGAAGAAGACAUAAAAGCUCCGAAUUCCAUGUUGGAGGAGCUCCAAUCUUCAAAUUGGACUUCCAUUCAGCGGCGUCAAGAUGGCUCUGUGAAUUUCUAUCGCAACUGGGCAGAAUACAAAGAGGGCUUUGGUGAUGCUCCAAAUGGUGAAUUCUUCUUGGGUUUACAAAAAAUCCAUGAAUUUACCUCCCAGACUCCACAAGAACUGUUGAUUGUACUAAAAGAUUGGGACAAUAAUACUCGUUUUGCCCUGUAUGACCACUUUGAAAUUGGCAAUGAAUCUGAAUUUUAUUCUCUAAAGAACUUGGGUAAAUAUCAGGGGAACGCUGGUGAUGAUUUGAAUUCCUAUAAAGGCAUGAAAUUUUCCACCUAUGAUUCUGACAAUGACAUCGAUGAGAGCUCUAAUUGUGCGGAACUUUUCGAUGGGGCAUGGUGGUUUACAGAUUGCGGUCUUGGCAAUGUGAAUGGACCCUAUUUGAAAGGAGAUGAUGUGAAUAAGGAUGAUGGUGUCACCUGGGAUGCAUGGAAAGGCGCCUAUUAUUCGUUACAAUUUUCAGAGAUGAAACUACGUCCGAAGCAGUAAGAAAUUAGGAAUUAAAUAAUAAAAUCCCUAAGUUGUGUCUUAAUUUUUCAAACAAUAAAAUCAAAUUUCAAUUGUCA